UGGUGUGGGUACUGUUUGAUAUUUUUAAUGGCAUCAUAAGCUUCUUAACUUAUAUUUCCUUCAGGUGCUUUUUGAGUGCUUUCUAUCCACUGGCAAGAAGGUUGCAGCUGCUGCAGACGGCUGAAUGCUAACAACCAUUUCACCAGUUCUUUAUUUUUUUUACUGUGAAGCUUAUAAAUACAUCAAUGGUUCAAUGGCAUGCUGAUGAGCCCAUCAGCCCAAGGAAGGUGCCAUUAUCUGGGAGGUGCAUCCAUGUCAUGAAUCCAGGAUUCCGGGGUGCAAUUCUCGACUGCUUCGUUGCCAUUGGUGCCAGGUAAAACCUUUUAGUUACUGAACUACUACUUUGUCCAUGCCUUGCCACCAAUCCGAGUAUAGGAACUUUACACUGAUAAUUGGUUUGGUUGUUGUAGUGAAACCCUUCCUUUCUUUUACUUUCUGUCAGUUGGAACAGUCAGCACCUACAAUCCAUAGGGUAAAAAAGCCGUGGAGAGUUUAUGGACAUCAAAAUAGAUAAGAAUUAUAAAAAUCUUUAGUACUGUUAAUAUUUUAUAGUUUUUUUUACCAUCAACAACAACCAAUAGGGAGAAGUCAAUAGAGGAAAAGGGUGGCUUUGUGAGCACUUUAGAAGGGCAAUUUCUUUGAGCCUCCUUCAUUGGCACCUCCAUGUAGUCUCCACAAAAAAGGGACACCUCUCUAUAGUCUCAAGCCUUUUCCUUCCAAAAUUUAUUUGCUAGCCGGAAACUAUUUUCUUUAAAAGAAAAGCUAAAACAUGAUUCUCCUGCUGUGCUGACAUGCCAAAGAACAAGUUGUGCAGCUCAUUUUCAUUCGGCGAAACUUGGCACAGUGAAGCAACAUGGGUUGUGAAGAUCAUUAUUUCUUAAAUCGAUAAGAAGACAGGCUUGGAGACCGACACUAUUUCUUCACAGAGCUUAUGCUUUUGGAGUAUACUUUUCUAUAUUCUAUACAAAUAUAUGGGAAAAGGUCUGCUGUAUAUUUUUCCUUGAAAAUGAAGACCAUUGCACAACUGAAAAACAACUACGACUACAUUUUUUUUUUUUUGCAAAAACAACAACUACUAAUACAUGAAAAGCUAAUGUAGAAAGGAGAAAGUGAAAGGAGAGGUAAGAACAACUUCUCUCAGAAGUGUCCUGGAGAAGCUUGUGUUUGAAGGCUAUUCAUCUACUAGCAUUUCGUUUUUCCAGCCACGGGCAUCAUCAUUAUUAAUAUCCACUUGAUUUGCUUGGAAGCUUCACUAUCUCACUUUCAGGUCAUCUUUAAGCUAAAUAAUCUUCAUUCUUUUGGUGUUAUACCAUGUGCAUAUCUCUCAAACUUGACUUCCGUUGGACUGCAAGCAAUUAACAUAUACUCAAAUUAACAGCACUGCGAAGGUGAAAAUACUUUCUUUUCUUUUUCAUAAAAAGAAGGAAUAUAAAGGAUUCCUAAUCAAUUUGCAGGCAUGGGGAUGCUUCCCAGUUAAUCAAUGAUUAGCUAUUACUUUUCUUUAUUAAACUAACACUUUUGUUUGUUACGACAUAUGAUGACGCCGCCUAGUUCUUGAUCUUUCUCCUGUCAAAUUAUGUUACAUACCAUGGGAUGGUGAUGUGUACUCCUCUUUGAAUACUCUAGCAUUAGUUAUCUUUCUGCAAUAGUGGUUGCAACAACUCUCCUAAGGUUACUGCGUAAUUGUUUAUUUUUUGUUAAUAAAAUGUAGGGUGCUACAAAUCAAAGAUUCAAAGAGCUAGCUAGCAGCAAGGAAACAUCCCGUGGCAUAAAGAAACAGCAAAUUCGGCUGUGACGUUGAACAGAACUAUAUAUUUGUCCUGAAUCCUGAUCCAACUUUUUUUUUAAUCGUCUUCUAACCAAGUCGUUUUCAGUGCGUACGCGCAAGGGAGCGUACUAUGCCUGCUAUCUAAAACUCGAAUUAGUGUUUGGACGGUUUCAAAGUUCAUUAGAGGGACGGUAAACGCCAAAACUCUGAUGAAGCUAAGUGGCAGUUUCAGGUAAAGACUUCGCACCUCCUGAUGCGAAUAGUACACUGGAUCGAGUAGGGUAUGUGUCUUGAUCUCAAGUUCUAAACUUGCAACAAGUACCUUCCGUGAUUUUGUGCGGGCAUCCUGCGUCUGCAGUUUAGUACAGAUACAAACUAGUUCAGAUUCUACUCCAAGUUUAGUCUUUAUUAACCGAUGGGUAAUGAAGAUGGCAGAGCAUUACUAUCGUCUAUCGCUACGCACGGAUACGUCUGUAGAAGAAGACUGUCACGUGCGACGGUGCAGAACUCACUCAGAUGAUAGUUGAAUUAUUUAAUUAAUCAAUACAGGGAGAGUGAGAGACUGAGAGAGGGAGGGAGAGAGACUGGAUGGUUUAAAUUAAUACAUGCGGUGGUUUGGCUGUCUGGCUGGUCUUGCAUGGUGAAGGAGGACAUCAUAACUGCUUGCCGUGGCCGUUAAGUGCAACUGCUGUUGCUGCUUCUUCUUCUUCUUCUAGGUUCGGGGCCAUAAAUAAAAGUCUACCAUGCGAGCAGGCCUCCUCUGCUUCAGCUGAGGUGGCACGACGACCAUGGCGAGGCUGCUCGGAGUCUCCCUCCUCGUCGCGGGGCUCGGCUGCGCGCUGCUCGUCGCGCCCUCGGAAUCAGCUGCAGAUGACGUAUCUGCGCUUCUUGCUUUCAAGAAGGCCAUUUUCGAGGACCCUCUCGCCAAGCUGUCGGACUGGAACUCCAAGGAUGAGAAUCCUUGCGGCUGGACAGGGGUGGGGUGCUCGCCGUUCGACAGCCGCGUGGUGACUCUGGAAUUGGCAAAUUCAUCGCUCAAAGGAUUCCUGGCACUAGAGAUUGAAUCCCUGAGUUCUUUACAAAAACUCAUAUUGGAUCACAAUACACUCAUGGGUCCAAUACCAAAAGGAAUUGGCAAGCUAAGAAAUCUAAUUAUGUUGAACCUCAGCACCAAUCAACUCGAUGGGCCCAUUCCCAUUGAGAUUGGUGACAUGCCAAAAAUCUCAAAAAUAGACCUUCGUGCGAAUCGGUUGGAUGGUGCUAUCCCCCCUGAGAUUGGUAAUUUGACGAGCCUCACUGAGCUACAAUUGAGCAAUAAUAGCCUUACAGGGACUAUUCCUGGAAGUAAUGAUUCAAGCAUGGUAUCCACCAACAGAGACGGUCAAAUAGGAUUGUGCCGAUUAACUCAGCUAACUGAUAUGGACCUCUCUUAUAACUAUUUGGCUGGAGAUGUUCCUACAUGCUUCAUGCAAAUCCGAAGAUUAAGCUUGGUAGGAAAUUGUUUCGAGAACAAUGACACAACGAAUCGUCCUGACAAUCAAUGUGAAAACAGCCAGAAAGGAAAUGAAAGCAGCCGUGUUGAUGGAAACCAGCAGAAAAGCUUUCAACAACCACUUUGGCUUCUUAUUCUAGAAGUCAUUACAGCAAUUUCAUUGCUUACUGUGUUAACACUAUGUACUAUAGCUGGUCUCAGAAGAUGCAAAGCUAGAUCCUCCAGAAACAGUGGUACAUGGACAAGGGCUAUAAGCUGGAAGGAAAAUACUGUAAUUUCGAUUGAUGAUGACUUGCUGGCGAAUGUGCCAAAAAUAAGUCGGCAAGAGCUUGCAGAAGCCUGUGAAGACUUCAGCAAUAUCAUUGGAUCUACUCAUGACACGGUGGUGUACAAAGGAACUAUGAAGGAUGGCAGUGAAAUUGCUGUUGUGUCACUAUCAGCUUCAGUACAUUACUGGACGAGUUACGUUGAGCUGUACUUCCAGAAGGAGGUGGUAGAAAUGGCCAGAUUGAGUCAUGAAAAUGUUGCGAAGAUGGUGGGAUACAGCAAGGAGUCCGAUCCAUUUUCGAGAAUGCUAGUCUUUCAGUACCCACCAAAUGGGACACUCUAUGAGCAUCUUCAUGAUGGAGAAGGAUAUCAGCUAUCUUGGCCCAGGCGGAUGAAAAUAGCACUCAGCAUUGCUCGCGCCCUCAGAUACCUGCACACUGAGAUGCAGCCUCCAUUUGCAGUUGCUGCACUGACAUCAAGUUCAGUUUAUCUAACUGAAGAUUUCUCCCCAAAGAUAAUUGAUUUUGAGAGAUGGAGAGCUCUCCUGACAAAACCAGGGCUCAGCUCUGGCAGCAUAGUGAACGGGUCAUUCAACAACAUCAUAGACUCGCGGCACAGGCGUUUCAUGGACAUCCAGGCCAACACGUUUGCUUUCGGGGUGAUUCUGCUGGAGCUGAUAAGUGGAAGAGCCCCAGUUUCCAAAGAUACAGGAGAUCUUGUGGACUGGGCAAGGAAGCACUUGGACCAGACCGAAGAAUUCAUCAAGCUGGUCGACCCGAAGCUGAUGAACGCCAACCAUGAGAACCUGGGCAUCGUCUGCAACGUGGUGAACCUCUGCAUCGACGCCGAGCCGUGCCGGAGACCGUCGAUGAACAUGAUCACCGCCAUUCUGGAGGAAGGCAUCGACACGUCGCCGGCGACCGUCCUUCGGGACUCCUCCCUGGCAUGGGCGGAGGCAGAGAUUGCCAUCUCGUAGUCGUAGACGGACAUGCAAUUUGCUGCUACUCGGACAGUAACUACAGAGACGCACACAGUGGUUUUGCCACAAAGGGCUUUUUAACCUUUUUUUUUUCUUUUUGAUUCGUGGCUACUGCUUUACGUUUCCUCGGUGCCUUUUUGCCUCUCCCUCUCCCAGAUCACAUGAAAAAUGUGUGGAUAUUUUGUGAGCGGAUUUGAUGUGUGAUAUGUCAUAUGUGAUCUACCCAGGAUUUACCUUUUCA